AUGGGAAAAGCAGCUGUUGAUGGUAAGAAACCAAAAGCAGUCAAAAAGAUGAAAGAUCCAAAUGCCCCGAAACGGGCAAUGUCGGCUUUCUUCAUUUGGAUGAACGAGAAUCGUGACCGGAUCAAAAAGCCCGGCAUGAGCGUGGGUGAUGUUGCUAAAGCUGCGGGUAUCGAAUGGGCAGCGAUGACAGAUAAAUCAGUUAGUUUUCCAUUUUUGGUAAAAAUAACAGGAGAAUAUUGCAGUGAAAGCAUGUUGCUUGGACAUCUUUGA